AUGUCUGCUCCCGGAUCACCUUCUACUACCCAAAAAGGCUUUUCAGAAGCAAUAAGUACCCCCUCUGCUGCUUCUUCCGUCAGUGAAAGCCAUAUAUCGUAUAAAAAACCUGUGAAGAUCAAGAAUGAAUUGAAUGAAAAGAGAAGAAAUGCAUUGAAAGAAUACUACAAGUUGAAAAAACAAGAAAAGGAACAAAAAAAUGUUCAGCAAGAAAAUAAGCCAGUACGUGAUGAGGAUUCUGAUGGCGAAGAGAUAACUGCAGAAGCACCAGUUGAUGAUAUAGAUUUCUUGAAUGUUGAUUUCAAAGAUCUUGUCAAAGAUACAAAUAAACUGACAUCAAGUAUAAAUUUGAUCAAUUCAUCCAUUAAAAACAUCAUAUACAACAAUUAUUACGAAUUGAUCAAACUGAAUGAUUUUCUCAAAGAUUUGAAUGAAUUGGAUUUAUCAAAACUUAUAGUGGAAGAUCAAAAUAAAGAAAAUCAACAUUCAGAUGCAUUAAACUUAUUAAAUGAUUCAAUACAAGACCCAACAGCGGCUAGUGUGAAAUCCCUCAAUUUUGAUAGUUAUGAAGGGGAUGGUUUUGUCAAAUUGAAAUCAUUGAUGAAUGAAAUUGAAAGUUUAGAUAAUUACUCUAUACAACGUCAAAAACCAAAUAAAACAAAUGAUGGCGUGGCAACGAGUAUAACAUCAAUGUUGAACUUCACGAAUGAAAAUUUACCAAAUGAACAAGUAAGAGGUGAUAUAAGGAGAAAAAUCGAUGGAUUGGUAACUAAGGUUAAAGACGAUAAGAAUAAAGAACCUUUGCUACGACAAUUAGAGGAAAUGCAAGUGAAAUUGAAAUAA